AUGCCGCGAUCUUCAACCAUCUGGGCCGCCGCCCUCCUCAUGGCCAGCAUGUCUGGUUCCGGCCCAUUGCUCACCACUGCCGAGGCUAUGCCUGCACCAGGUCCUGGACAAGCACAGGAUCGCCCUCGAUACUACAUUCCACGCCACGUUAAGCGAGAAGACAUCGACGCGACCACACCACCACCACCCAUCAUCGUUGAGGCUUCCUCCAUGCCCACUCCAUCUGCUAGCCCUACUGCCAGC